GGGUUGGUUUCUCCCUGCUCAUAACCAGUUAGGCAGCCAACAAAAACAAAUGAGGCGGGGAUAUCACAGAACAAAAUCUACAAACUGAGAAGAUGUCAUUGAAUAUUUGGAGAAGAGUAUUACUACAUCAGUAGUCUAGAAGAUGGAGGAUUCACAGCAGAACCAUACCUAUCUCCGUUAUGAAUGUGCCGAUACGUUUGGAUUGGUGACCAGUGCCGGUGGUGCCAGUUCGACUCGAGUCCCUCCCUCGGACAAGACAUUGGCCCUGUUGACGGAUGCCAAGAGCAACAACGUCCUGUUGACGACGGGUGGAAGCUAUUGCCAGUGCUUUGAUGUAAAGACGGGAAUCCUGACGGCCAAGUUGGGUCAUGCCGAGUUUACGGGAGUCGGAACGGGACGAGCCUUGAAUGCCAGUCAAGUCCUUUGCUUGGAUGCUGCUACCUCUAACACUGGUACGGCACGGGUCGCCACUGGAUGGAUCGAUGGAUCGGUACGAGUCUUCGAACUGCCAACAUCCGAAUUGACUUCUUCUUCGUCGUCUUCUACGGCGUUUAGUUUGCUGGACAAUGAGGACGACCAGGAACGACCCGAACCAUUGACAUUGAACGGUCAUGCUCCAGCUCCUGUAUCGGCCAUUGCACUGCAAAAAAACACGCAGGAAUCCUUGUGGUUGGCCAGUGGAGGAAGCGAUGGAACCGUCAUUGUAUGGGACUUGAUUGCCGAAUCGGGGCUCUUUCGAUUGCUGGGCCAUCACGGUGCCAUUACACAACUACACUUUUUUGUCUUGACUGGAAAAGAACAACCACAAGUACUUCUCACAUCCAGUCUCGAUGGACUCGUCAAGGUUUGGGAUUUGCAGGCACAAUGCUGCGUACAAACCAUUGCCAAUAUGAGGGGGCAAAUUUGGGCAUCGGCACUCUUAUCUACGACAACAACAAGUCAAGAAGAAGAAACAGACGGAGCCAGACGACAUCGACUCUUGGCAGGAAGCGUGGAUGGACAGGUCCGAGUUUGGAACCUACAAGCACCAGCAAACAACAACAGUAGUGAGGAGAAAAGUAAAAACGACGACUGGUGCCACGACAUGGGAUUCUUGGAAGCACCAAACCAACAUCUCGCUACAUCGUCUUCCAAAUCAACCACACACACUGUCACCUCCAAGGAAAAAGUGACAUCCAUUCAAUGUUACCGUGGACGAUACGUGGCCAUGCUGCAAGCCAAUGCCAAGGUCAUUCAUGUGUAUGGCAUGAGAUCCACAAAGGAUAGUCUCCGCAAAAAACAACGACGAAUCAAACGACGCCAAGAAAAGCAAUCCAACCAAAGGAACAAACAGGCAAAUAGUAAAGACGACACUACCAACAACAAGAAACGAGGCAUCUUGGAUGAUGACGAAGACGAUGAGAAACAUAAUGACACUACCACCAAUGAUAACCAAGACAGUACUACAUUGGAUCCAGAACAACUCAAGGCAUCCGACGAAAUCGAGUACCUUGGAACCAUCAAGGCCAGCCACAAGGUCAAGGCAUUCGUUUUCGUGCCACUCAGCAACAAGAAGCAACAAUUGGUUCAAAUUGCUUGUGCCCUUUCCACCAACACGAUCGAACUGUACGCGCUACCACGUAGCACCCCACAACAUCAACAGGUUCCGUCGGAAAAAAUUGCCAACUUGACACCGUUGCCAGGACAUCCCACAGGUGUGCGAUCCAUUGCUCUCAGUUCCAAUGACGAAAUGGCCGCUACCGUCGCGAAGGGAACCUGCAAGAUUUGGAACGUGCUCAAUCGUUCCUGUUUGCAAUCGGCAACGUUGGAGCCCAUGACGGAUCCAAGAAAACAACAACAAAAGUCUUCUUCUUCUUCCUUUCAAGGACUCUGUGCGGUCUUUCUUCCAGGGAAUACACAUGUACUAGUGGGAACCAAGGAAGGGCAUUUGCUGGUACUGGAUUCCGCCGCGGCAGAAAUUGUCUAUUGGGAAGAAAAGGCACACGACGAUGCCAUUUGGAGUAUGGAUGUCUGUCAUUCGAAACCGACAUCCGUGGGUGAUGCCGCCCCCAAUACGUCCAUCAUCACGGGAUCAGCCGACAAAACGGUCAAGUUUUGGACAUUGGAACAGCAAGGAGAAGAUGAUGGCAGUGACGACGACAGCAGCAGUGAUAAUGAUGUCUUGUAUCCGGGUGCUCCCAUGAUUGUACAAACCAGAGCUCUCGAAAUGACAGACGAAGUCGUGGCCGUAAAGUUCUCUACUGCCAAUUACUUCCAAGGUGCAGCAAGCCGUCGCCUCGUGUUUGUUUCGACGCUGGAUUGCACCAUUAAGAUCUUCUUUGAGGAUUCUCUCAAGCUCUUUCUGAGUAUGUACGGGCACAAGUUGCCAGCAUUGGCCGUCGAUGCGAGCGACGAUGACACCUUGCUCGUGUCGGGAUCCGCCGACAAGACCAUCAAGAUUUGGGGAUUGGAUUUUGGUGAUACACACAAGACGCUUCACGGCCACGAGGAUUCGGUGACCGACGUUCGCUUUGUGCGAGGGACGCACAACUUCUUCUCGGCCAGCAAGGAUUCCACUGUCCGAUUCUGGGAUGGAGACCGCUUUGAAAUGAUUCUGGUAUUGCGAGGCCACAGUGCCGAAGUCAAUAGUUUGGCAGUCAGUAAGACUGGUGCCUUUUGCUUGAGCGGUGGGAUGGAUCGCAUGGUUCGUGUAUGGGAACGAACACGGGAUAUUGUGUUCUUGGAAGAAGAACGAGAACGCGAGUUGGAACAAAUCUUUGACAAGGAACCUGGUAGACGAGAGGAAGGCGGUACGGCGGCUAUUUUGGAUCGAAAGGGACGGAACGAAGACGACGACGACGAUGAGAUGAAGGAUAGCGAACCACAAAGUGAGGCGGCAGUCAAACAGACCCUCAUGAGCAUAUCUGCUGGGGAUCGACUGUUGGAGGCUCUCGAACUGGCUGACCAGGAGCUCCAGGCUUCCCGCAGCAACAAAUCCAAGGGGGCCCGGAGCUUCAACCCAAUGCUUCUGGGAAUGGAACCACCCCAGUAUGUGCUUUGGGUGGUACGGUCCAUCAAGUCGGCCGAUCUGGAACAAGCCUUGCUGGUGCUACCACUGGGCCAUGCGGAGCGUCUCCUCUAUUACUUGGUGCUGCUCUUGAGAUCUGGCCACAGCUCGGUGGAGCUUUGCUGUCGCGCUUCCAUUUUCACUGUCAAGACCUUCCAAAAGCAGCUCAUUUUGAAUCAAGGCAGCAAUGCACCUUUGCUUCGAGAGCUCCGUCGGUUGGUCCACAUGCGACUGCAAGAAUGUCGCGACACCGUGGGAUACAACCUGGCUGCCUGCCGCAUGGUUGGUCGCAUCGCCAAGGAACGGAGAGAAAACAGAAUGAUGGCUGCCAUGCCCUCUACAGAUAUUUGGGCUGGUCUAGGGUUGGGUUCGGACGUUGCCGCUGCGCUGGAAGGAAACAGCAAGAAGGGCAAGAAAAGGCGCUAGUUAGGUAGUUUGGGCAGAACUGUACAGUAGAAAUGUGAUGAUAAUAUGAAAAGUCUUCUAUUGGACGUCUC